GUUAGCUUCAGACUGGUUUAUGCAUGCGCUAUUGACCAUCAGAGUUUCAAAUAGUGGAAGAAGACAUUGGUUUGGAAUCGAUAUUUUUUGGAGGAUUCCUUAGCAAUUUAACGUCGACAAAUGCCAGUGUUGUUACGUUUAUCAUUGUCUAUUUCGUUUUACUGAAGUUUUUGUGAAUCAAGAAAGAUAAAGACUUAAACAUGUCAUCUGCGAAAGCAGAGCUUGUGUCUGGAGAUGAGAACACUCAACGAGGAAACUGGUCUAACAAGAUGGACUUCUUGUUGUCUUGUCUUGGUUAUGCAGUGGGCUUAGGAAAUGUUUGGCGAUUUCCUUACUUGUGUUACAGAAAUGGGGGCGGUGCCUUUCUUAUACCUUACCUGAUUAUGUUGGCUUUUGCUGGACUUCCGCUGUUCUUCUUGGAGGUUAGCUUUGGUCAGUAUUGCAGCCAAGGACCAAUCACAGCGUGGAGAGCGUGUCCUGCCUUCCGAGGUGUUGGAUAUGGCAUGAUGGUGGUUUCGUCAUAUGUAGCAAUUUACUACAAUGUGAUCAUCAUGUAUGCGAUAUAUUACCUGUUUUCAUCUUUCACGUCCACUCUCCCAUGGAUUGGGUGCAACCAUUCUUGGAACACGCCAAUGUGUAGUGAAAAAUACACUGACUGUAUUGCAGGCAAAGGCAUCAUCGCCUUGAAUGCUAGCUGUAUACAGCUUGAUAACAUGACCGCUACAGACUUGGAAUUUUAUAACAUUACACCAACCUUUGAGACUUACGAUUUAAGUAUUUACAGGGAUCCAUUUGAAGGCAUGAGAAAACGUGCUACUGAGGAAUUUUGGAAGUGUGGCUAGAUGCUGCAGUGCAGAUCUUCUAUUCUUUGAGUGCAGCCUGGGGUGGCCUUCUCACUUUGGCGUCUUACAACAAGUUUCAUAACAACUGUUUUUUUGAUUCCAUGUUUGUUGCAAUUGCUAAUUGCUGUACAAGUGUCUUUGCUGGUUUUGUAAUCUUCUCAAUCAUUGGCUACAUGGCCAACCAAUUAGGCAAACCUGUUGAAGAAGUGGUAGAUCAAGGAUUUGGUCUGGCAUUUAUUGCAUACCCAGAGGCAGUGGCCAGUCUACCAGGUGCUCCAUUUUGGGCUAUUCUCUUCUUUUUUAUGCUUUUGACUCUUGGAUUAGAUAGUCAGUUUGCUAUUAUGGAAACAAUAGUAACAUCAAUCUGUGAUGAGUUUCCUUAUCUGCAUAAGAAGAAGACUUAUGUGUUAGGAAUAGCUUGUGGAGUUGGAUACUUCCUAGGAUUCUCAUGUAUUACAGAAGCUGGACCUUACUGGGUUUCUAUGAUGGAUUCGUACGGUGCUAGUUUUGCCCUCCUUAUGUUUGCUCUGUGUGAGUCCAUUGCAAUAAGUUGGAUAUAUGGUUUGAAACGAUUCAUGAAUGACAUCCGCACGAUGGUGGGAAACAAGAUUGUGGAUCACCCUCUGUUUAUAUGGUGGGGAAUCAAUUGGUGUACUAUUACACCUGCUCUCCUAGCGUUUAUCAUCGUUUUUAACUGGAUGAGUUGGACGGAGCCAACGUACAAUGGUGACUACCCUGGCUGGGCAAAUGGCAUUGGCUGGUGCAUGAUUAUCAGCUCCAUCAUGUGGAUACCUAUCAUUUGGAUUUAUGAGUUAUUUAGAGGAAGUGGGACUGUUCUAGAGCGCUUGCAACAGAUGACCUCUCCCAGAGCUAACUGGGGUCCUGCUUUGCAACACCAUCGAGAUGAAGCAUGGGCAGUUCAUAAAUCACAUAAUACCACAAUGGGCGGUCUUCUCAAAGUUGAUGGUAUUCCAUUAUACGCUGACCAAUCUGGAUUAUUUGCACGAUUCAUAAAAGAUGGCAACAAGCCAGGAUUUAAUGGCGGUUAUGGAAACCAGCCAGGAAAUGGUAGUGUGGACAAUAUUCAGUUUGUAGACGAUGAACAGGAUCAAGGAAACCCACGUAGUGAAGGCUCCGUUCAGUUUGUGUAUGAACCUAGAAGUUACAAUGCCAAUGUGUCGCAAUAUGCGGACGGAAGUUUUGAAGGCUCCAGAGAUGGACUUGAUCUGCAAAAAUCUGAACGUGAUGCUCCAUCCAUAGACAAUAUGAUGUAUUAUAAUUAUCAGGGUUCUAGAUCACCAUCACACCAUGAAUCCAGAGAUAAUUUAGACCAUGUGACCGCAUAUCCUGCAUCCCGCGGGUCUAAAACUCCUUCUUAUCAAGGGUCUCAGGAUAUGAUUAAUGGAGGCUAUUCUUUAGCUCAUAGACUUCCUCCUGAUUCUGGACCUUCAUCUCAUUAUGGGUCUAGGGAUUACAUACCAAAAGACCCACCAACAUCUCAUCCACCCCCUCGCCGUACUGGCCCACCCUCGCGUCAUGGUUCAAGAGAUGUUUUAAACAAAGAUUCGGUAGCAUCGUUUCCACCUCCCCCAGGCUCUUAUUAUGGCUCAGAUAGCUCAUUGAACCAGGAUGAUCCUCCUGUGUAUCCUGGUCCUCGUGGCUCCAACCCACCCUCUUUACAUGGUUCUCGUGAUGUCCUUAAUCAUAAUUAUCAGAAACCUCUUAGCUCCGGACCUCCAUCUCGUCAUGGUUCUCGUGAUGUCCUUAAUCAGAAUUAUCAGAAACCACUUAGCUCUGGACCUCCAUCUCGACAUGGUUCUCGCGAUGUCCUUAAUCAGAAUCAUCAGAAACCACUUAGCUCCGGACCUCCAUCUCGACAUGGUUCUCGUGAUGUCCUGAACCAGCAGCCGCUUGGAUCUGGCCCUCCCUCACGCCAUGGUUCUCGUGAUAUCUUGAACCAUUACCCCUCAUCAAAUUUAGCAUUGCGUGGCUCUGGACCACCAUCCCUUCGCAGCUCUCAUGAUCAAAUUAAUUUAGAUUAUAUGCCUCGUAAUGCUUCCCUCUCAUCACGUCAAAGCUCGGUGGAGCAUGUGAACGCCGGCUUUGAGGCAUCGCCUAUGGUGAGGAGACCACCUGCAAAUCAGCUGCCCUCCUCUAAAAAGGAAAAAGACAAGAAAGGACGAUGGUCUGUGAAAAAAUCCAAGAAAGCUGGUCGAUUACCUCCUCAAUUUGAUAGCCCCAUGGAGUUGGACUUCGAAAGUGAUUGUUGAGACACAUCAUAUUUAUCACAAGUUUUCUUGCCUUUAAAUAAAUAAUUUUUGAAUUUACUGAAAUUUAUACUUCUGGCUGAAGAUAUAUUUGAAGAUUUUUUAAAAGCAUGUUAAAAAUUGUAUAUUUUUUUGCCUAAAACAAUACAUCAACUUAAAUAUUUUUUAUUAUUGUUUUUGCCUACUCU